GUUUUUCUUGAACCCCCAACUGAGAAAAAAAGCUUCAAACUUUAGUUAUGGAGUCUUUAACAGGGCUAUCAAUAAAAGGGGUUUGUUUGGAUAAGGUUUUAGAUAAACACAAAGUUUUAUCUUUGAGUAAAAAAUCAGAAAUUUGCUUUCUUGGAUUGUCAAGUUUCAAGAUUGUUCAUAUUACCUCAUGUUCUGUUCAGCACAAAACUAUUCACCCUAUUUUUUGUGCUUCUGAUUCUCAGAUACAUAUUCAGAGUGAAGAAACAGAAACAACUGAUACAAAUCCUUCCGAACCAGUUCGCGUAAAAUUUCAAUUGAAUAAGGAAUGCUCCUUUGGUCAGCAUUUCUACUUAGUGGGCGAUGAUCCAAUGCUCGGUUUAUGGGAUCCAUCAAAUGCAGUGCCACUUGAAUGGUCAGAGGGACAUGUAUGGAACGUCGAGUUGGAUAUCCCAAGUGGAAAAACUAUCAGCUACAAGUUCAUUAUGACAGUAGAUGAUGAGACUAUCUUGUGGCAACAAGGCCCUGAUCGAAUUAUUCAAACAUGGGAAACGAAGAAAACGAUAACAGUUUCUGAAGAUUGGGACAAUGCUGAGCUGCAGACAAUUGUAGAAGAGGAACCUGGUGCAGAACAAUCUGCAGUUAGUCCAGAAAUUUUAAUAGCUGAGAAUCUGGUUCCACCGUCAGCUGUAGACAUAGAAGAUGAUGUAAAUGAGGAAAAAACUACUGAAGUUCUAGCUAUAGUCGCGGAAAAUAUCACUGAAGUAAAUGAGGAUGUGAACACUGGUCGAAAUGAGGACACCACAAUGGAAGCAAAAGCUAUUGGCAAGAAUAUGGUUGCCUCUAUUGAUGGAGUGUUAAGCUCAAAAAAUGAGUCCAUCUUAGUGGCGGACGAAAGAGUUCCCGUCUUGGUUCCUGGCUUAACACAAGUUUUGACCUCAGUGGUUCACACGGACAAAGUUGUUGUUGAGAGCUCACUUGGAUCAAAUAGUGAAGAGUUGAAUGAAGUUCACAUGGACAAAGUUGUUGUUGAGAGCUCACUUGGAUCAAAUAGUGAAGAGUUGAAUGAAGUUCACAUGGAAAAAGUUGUUGCUGAGGGGUCAGUUGGAUGGAAAUCGGAGGAGUUCAAUGUGACAGAGGUAACUGCUUAACACCUCUUAAAAGAAGAGGUAGCGACGGAUAUAACACAUCCUCCAGAAAAGGUGAAGAUUAAUGUGAAGCAAGAAGUCACAAAAGGGCAUGAAGAUACAGAAAAGUCUGAAUUGGUUGAAGGAGGAGGAGAUUGGUCUAAUGGAAAGGCAGUGGAAGAGAAUGUGUUUGUAAGUGAUAUGCAAAGGAGUAAAAAGACAUUGUUGAAGUUCUUUGCAGGUUUGGGUUUCUUUAAAGUAGAGCUUGAAGGCUGAAAACUAGCUCAUAGA